AUGUUUUUAUUUUUAAUUAUAUAUAUAUCUGUAGGGAAAGACAGUCAUUAUUUAGGAUCAAUAAAAUACACACUUCAACCAAAUUAAACAUUUGAGCAUCAAUUUUUUGAUGUAAAUUAAAUUAAAUCACUUGAUUUGUACUUACCUGAUCCUCCUUAUAGAAUGAUUAAUGAUGAGGAUAUGAAUUGUUAUUGGUCUAAUUAGGUGAUAGGACUUAAACCAGUUUAAACAAUUUAAAUGAACAUAACAAAUUCAUUAGAUUCUAACAUAGUGUGUUUUGAUGAAUGUUUUAUAAGACAAGGAUAAGUAAUCUCUACAACUAAGAAUUAAACAAUCGAAUUGCAAUAUUAAAAUUUAAAAUUAUUAGUAUUAGCAUCAGAAGGAUAGAUUAUUUAUUAUAAUGAGAAAGCUGUAAGUAUUUUUGAUACUAUCAAUAUGAAAAUAAUAAAUGAAAAUCUACCUGUUGAUUUUACAUCUAAAUUAAAGCAAAGUUUAAUGAGUUAUUAACAUAUGUCAACAAAAAUAGUUUAUAUGUGUUUAGAAAAUGGUGUAUUAGCUUAUAAUGAUGAAUAUUUUAUAGUAAAUUCAUAUGGUAGUGGAUGCAAAUAAAUAAUUUUAUAGGAUGAUAAUUUAUACAUAAUAUCUGAUGGAAUAGUUAUUUAUGAUAUAAAUGAUCCUUUCGAACCUAUUCAUUUGUAUUCAUUUAAUAUAAGUGGACAUUAUUUUGAUAUAUAUUAAGAUUAUUUAGCAGUUUUAGAAUUAUAAGGAGGAUCAAGAGGAAAAUUAAGUUUAUUCAAAUUCCAUUUUCAAUUUGGAAUAAAUGAAGUAGUAAAUAUUACUUAAGAAUCAGAAGGAACUAUUUAAAUGGAAUCAUAAGAUAUUAGUUUUGGACUUCUAAAUAAAGAUAUUGCUAUAAUUAUACAUAAAGAAUAAGUAAAUCUAAUUACAUUAUAAACAAAUUUCCAUUAAAAAUAUAGACAUAAUAGUGGUUUAGGAUAUGCAUAACAUUUUUUAGAUCCAGAGAAUAAGAUUUUCAUAAGAGAUUCAUAAAUAAUUUAAGUUAGUAAUAAUAGUCUUAUUUAUUAUAAUACAACAAGUUAGAGUUAUAAUUUAGUAUGUAAUGCUCCUGUUGAAAAUAAAUUGAGAAAACAUCUUUUCUUUGGAAUCAUUAGAAGUGAAGAGAAAUGUAAGAGUUCAAAAAAAAUGGAUGAAAGAUUUAAAGAGAUUUUAUCUAAAGAAAAGAAUGAUCCUGAAAUACAAUGUUAUUAUACUUUCUAAUUAAGUCUUAGUAUUAUACCUUUUUAAACACAUUGGUCAUUGUAAUCUAAAAUACUCUUGUGUAUAUUCUUAUUUUUACUUAUAUUGUUAAUUCUUUAAUAAUUCAGAAGUCAAUAAGAAAAAUAGACUUUAAAUAAUUUACAAAAGUUUGAAUAAUUAAAUAGAAUUAACCUUUAGAAAUAAAAAAUACGAAUUACUCAUGAUGAUGAAGAAUAAAACAAUAAUAAAAUUGACUUUUAUUGA